AGCUGGAGAAGGAACGAAACCGAGGCAUUGGGAAACCACUGCUAGGAGGGCCCUUCUCGCUUGUCAACCAUGAAGGACAGCCCAAGACCAACAAGGACUACAUCGGCCAGUGGGUGCUGAUCUACUUCGGCUUCACACACUGCCCUGACAUCUGUCCUGACGAACUGGAGAAAAUGAUUGCAGUGGUAGAUGAAAUUGAUAGAAUUCCAUCUUUGCCUAAUCUGACCCCACUCUUCAUCACCAUUGAUCCUGAGAGGGACAACGAAGAAGCCAUUGCCAGAUAUGUUAAAGAAUUUUCUCCAAAGCUGAUCGGAUUGACUGGUACUAAGGCACAGAUUGACCAAGUGGCCAAAGCUUACCGUGUCUAUUACAGUGAAGGUCCCAAAGAUGAAGAUGAUGAUUACAUA